UCCCAAGUUCUUUCGCUCUUGCUGGCUCUAGUUUUGGGGAUCGUUCCGGGAUGAUACUGAGGACCCUGAUGGUCUUGGCAGCUCUUGGCAGCAGCUCUUUGGCCUGCACUUUUGAGCCCUCCUCUUUCAACAACACAGGAAUUGUCGUCAGGAUUACUAAGCCAGCUACAGUACUGCUCAACCAGCAGACCGCACAGAUGAUUCAAGCCGUUUUUCGUCAUGCAACCUAUCCUAAUAUCACAGGGGAGAAGUCCAUGAACUUUCUUGGCAAAGUGGCUUAUGGUUUAACAAACAUCCAUAUUGCUGACCUGUCCAUAGAAAACAGUGACGUUGACCUCAAGGAGGACACCAUUAAUAUUGAAAUCCAAAAUGUAUCAGCUUCCUUUAAAGGAACUCUUAGCUAUGGUUAUGUAGGUGCCUGGUGGCUGAAACUUAUUCAUUUGAUUGACUUUGAAAUUGAAUCUUCCAUCGAUCUCCAAAUAAACAUUAAACUGGAUUGCGAAAAGGAGUUAGUGGUGGUUGACACUUCGGAUUGUUAUCUGACCUUCCACAAGCUGAUCCUGCACCUCCAGGGAGAUAAAGACCCUGGAUGGCUAAAGCAGCUUUUUACAAACUUCAUCUCCUUUACCUUGAAGCUGAUUCUCAAAAGCCAGGUGUGUAAGGAAAUUAACUUCCUGGCGCAAGUGCUGGCUGAGUUUUUUCAGGACACAGGAGAAAACUUCCUCCGAGAUGGAGAUAUAGGAGUGGACAUUUCUCUGGCAUCGUUUCCAGUAAUAAAAGCAAGUUAUGUCGAAACACAUCAUAAGGGCCUCCUCCUCUACAAGAACUACUCGGACAGCUUCCACGGCAGUUCUGAAUUUGUACCAUCUCUACUGUCCGAAUCCAGAAUGCUCUGCUUUUGGUUUUCAGAGCAUGUCCUCAGCUCUCUGAUCUGGGCAGCCUUCCUAGAUGACCGUCUGGUGUUAACCAUCAUGGGGGAAGAAUUAAAGGAAAUAUUUGAAAAUGAAGAACUGGAAUCUGACCAGGAGAUUGUGCAAGAGAUUUUCCAAGGUGCCUCCUAUGAUGACUCCCUGGCUAAAGUGUGGAGUCUCAGUCCUCCCCAAAUUAUCCUCCAGCCCAAAGGGACCGUGGUGAAGUCAUCUGUGGCUGUGGAGCUCAGUGUUUUUUCACGUACGGAAGAAACCCCACUGGUUAUAUAUUUUGAAAAGGAUGUCACUGUUACAAUCCAAGCUUCAUAUGUGCAAAAGAGGCUGGUUCUGCAUCUCUCUGAGGCUGUGAUAGAGCCUAAAACAAUUAGGUGCUCCUUGGAUAUAUCUGUGAAUGAUGACACGCUAAGGCACUUCUUGGAGAAAACCAUCACUGUUGCUGGGAUCCCAGAAGUGAUUUCAAGAAUUGAGCCAGUUCUAACAUUCUUGAUAAACAGCAAAGGAAUUGACCUAUUUGACAUCAUAGAUCCUGAAAUAAUAACCAGAAAUGGAUACCUCAUUCUACAGAUGGACUUUGAUUUCCCCCAUCAUUUGUUCCAUGGGUUUCUGAAGAGAAAUCUAUUGUAGGACCCUCCCAAGAAGAGAAUGCAAUGG